CACAGAUUUCGAUCUUCUGCAGUAAAAGAGUGCAUCCAUGCAAUAAUGAAAGAGAAUCUAGCCAAUGUGCAAUACAACCCAGAGGAAACGCCAGAGCUCACACAGUCCUUAUCAGAGACAAUUAAAGAUAGACUGAAAGUGGAGGGAUUUCACCGAUAUAAAAUGGUGGUGCAGGUUGUGAUUGGAGAACAGAGAGGUGAAGGAGUGAACAUGGCUGCACGAUGUUUCUGGGAUGCUGACACUGACAACUAUGCACAGGAUGUUUUUAUGAAUGACAGUCUGUUCUGCGUGGUAGCUGCAUUUGGCUGUUUCUACUACUGAUGCCAGUGAAGACCACAGAAAGGAACUACAGUAAUUGUAGAGAGGAUUUUUAGUUUGUUUGGUUUUCUUCAAUAAUUUGUACUCAUGUUUUCUCAAAGUAGCAGACUUACAAUUGUACAUAGCAUGCUCACUGUAUCUGUACAAUACACUGUGUCCACAACUUCCUCUUCUUUCCUGCUUGUAUAAAUAUAGCUUUGUAGCAUAUUGUUUUUCUUUUGUCCUUUUAAUCAUCCUUCCUGCUUUGUGCAAAAUGGAUUUAUUAACUCCUAGAAGCCAGAUAUAGUGCCUUAAAAGGACUAGAUUGCUUUUAUUAGUAGUGACUUGUUUCCAUAAUAUAAUAAAUAUUUAUAAGCAAUGUAAUAUAAUAAAAACAAAUAUAUAUAUUAUACCUUUC